AUGAUAGUAUCAUUGGUUUUAGUAUUGGUGCUGCUGCUUCAGGCAGCUUGCAGGGUUCCUAUUUGUAAAUGUACCACCUGUAAGACUCUUUCUGUUCUUCACAAAUACUACCAUCCGGGAGAUUUCAUCAUUGCUGGCAUUAUUUCUCAGAUUUCCAUGACCUCUGAAGAGAUUACAUUUGCAAAAUAUCCUUUCCAGGAGCUGUUUGAUGAACUCAACUAUUUUCUUGCAAGCUGGACCUAUCGUGCCUCAAUAGAAAUUCUCUCUGCAUGGGGCAAUUUGAUCCCCAACUACCUAUGUGACUCACAGAACAAUCUGGCAGCAGUAAUUGGAGGUCCAAAUUCAGAUAUCUUCUCCUUCAUGGCAACCAUCCUGUGCCUGUACAAGAUCCCACAGCUCAUAUAUGGCUCAUCUCCAUUGAUGAAAAACAACAUCGAAGCUGUGUUCUUCCAUCAACUGUUUCCAAAUGGGACCCAUCAAUAUAUGGGGAUUCUGACGUUACUGCAGCAUUUCAAGUGGAUAUGGAUUGGGGUGAUGUAUGCUGACACUGAAGAUGGAGAAAGCUUUGUGCACAAUGUGAUUCCCAUUUUUUCCCAAAGAGGAAUCUGUUUUGACUUCAUAAAAACAUUUCCAAAAUUAACUUUUUCCAAUAAUGCUGGUGAAAUGGUGGCAGAUGGGUUAAAAGUUUAUGAUAUUGUCAAAGGAAGCACUACCAAUGUGGUGGUUGUACAUGGUGAAAUUGCGUCCAUGAUAAUUUUGAGAAUUUUUCACCACGUUUCAGAAUUUCAGGAUGAAGCGAUAGCAAACAGAAGUAAAGUUUGGAUUAUGACAGCCCAGAUAGAUUUUAUAUCACUUACUUUUCAACGAGAUUGGAGUGUAGACUUUCUCCAUGGUGCCAUUUCAUUUGCAGUCCACUCAAAGGAUGUGUUAGGAUUCAGGGACUUUCUUCAGGACAGAAAUCCUCUCUCAAACAAAGAUGAUGGCUUUAUCCAAGACUUCUGGCACCAUGUAUUUAAUUGUUUUCUUCCCAAUUCCACAACAGAUACAAGGUUUGGGAAAAUCUGCACUGGAAAGGAGAAACUAGGGACACUUCCUGGAUCUAUCUUUGAAAUGAGCAUGACUAGCCACAGCUACAACAUCUACAUUGCCAUUUAUGCUGUGGCACAUGCGUUGCAUGCCAUUCAUUCAUCCACACCUAAACACAGAGGGAUGGCUGAUCCAGAGAGACCAAAGCUUCUGAAUCAACAUCCAUGGCAGCUUCACCAAUUUCUUAGAAGAAUGUCAUUUAACAGCAGUAGUGGUGAAACCAUUUCCUUUGAUCAACAUGGCGAAUUGGUAGCUGGAUUUGACAUAAUCAACUGGGUCACAUUCCCAAACCAGUCCUUCCUUCGAGUCAAAGUUGGUCAGAUAGACGAAAAGGCAUGCCCAGAAGAACCAUUUGUGAUGCAUGAAGAUGCUAUCACGUGGCCUCGCAGAUUUAACCAGGCACAACCUCUUUCUCAGUGUAAUGAAAAUUGCCCUUUUGGUCAUAGUAAAGCAAGGAAGGAAGGGGAACCAUUUUGUUGCUAUGACUGCCUUCCAUGUCCAGAAGGGAAGAUUUCAAACAAAAAGGACAUGGACGCCUGUUUCCAGUGUCCAGAAGACCAUUAUCCAAACAGUAACCAGGAUUCAUGCCUUCCAAAAAAGAUCACUUUCUUGUCUCAUGGGGAACCUUUGAGCAUUAUCCUGGCUAUUUUUGCUUUUUCAUUAUCUUUCCUCACAGUUGUAGUGCUUGGGAUCUUCAUCAAGCACCAGGACACUCCCAUAGUUAAAGCCAACAACCGGGACCUCACCUACACACUCCUCAUCUCCCUCCUGCUCUCCUUCCUUUGUGCUUUGCUGUUCAUUGGCCAACCUGGAAAGAUGACCUGUCUCCUUCGACAAAUGACUUUUGGCAUCAUCUUCUCAGUUGCAGUUUCUUGCCUAUUGGCCAAAACAAUCACUGUGGUUUUAGCUUUCAUGGCGACCAAACCAGGAUCCAAAAUGAGAAAAUGGGUGGGGAAAAGACUAGCCAGUUCCAUGGUUAUUUCCUGCUCCCUUUCUCAAGGCAUGAUUUGUUCUGUGUGGUUAGCAACCUCUCCACCCUUCCCAGAUUCUGAUAUGCAUUCAGUGAUUGAAGAAAUUGUACUGGAAUGUAAUGAUGGGUCAGUGACCAUGUUCUUCUGUGUCCUGGGCUUUAUAGGCUUUCUGGCCAUUUUCAGCUUCACGGUGGCUUUCCUAGCCCGGAAAUUACCUGACAGAUUCAAUGAAGCCAAAUUCAUCACCUUCAGCAUGUUGGUCUUCUGCAGUGUAUGGCUGUCCUUUGUUCCAGCCUACUUGAGCACCAAGGGGAAAUACAUGGUAGCUGUGGAGAUCUUCUCUAUUUUAGCCUCCAGUGCUGGGUUACUGGGCUGCAUCUUUUGCCCCAAGUGUUACAUCAUUGUGCUGAGACCUGAUAUGAAUAAAAAGAAAAGGCCAGUGAAGGGAAAUGAAUGA